AGCAGUUCAACAUGUUAGUCUGCCUACAGAACGCAGUGACAGAAGUGUAGAAAUAUAACGCCACCUUGAUCAUUUUGUGAAAAUCUGUUAAGUCAUCCGAUUGACAAAGUUGCAUUUACAAUACAUUAAAGGAUGCAGAAUCUUUAAACGUUCACCAGAUUAAUUUAAGAAUAUCUUUUAGCCUACAAUAAAACAAACAUAGCCACUCAAACCUUGACAUUUCACACAUGUUGUUUAGACUAUUCACACCUGCGCAUCAGGCUCCCAGUUCCCAGAUAUUACUACAGGCUUUUUUGAACACCUUGUUUCACAUCCCUCCCAAGAAUCUUUGUGAUUGGUUUGACCGUCGAGGGAGACAUGGUGACGUUGACAAAGAUUUUCAACUUAAAGGGGAGAAGUUGGCCUGUGUUUCUCCUCAGUUUGUAAUAGAGGCUUCUAGUCUUCUUCAGCCACGAUGAUGAUCUCUGGAGUGCUUCUGCUGGCACUCACUGGUGUCUGCCUGGGUUUUGACGACCGUAUUGUCGGAGGGUACGAGUGCAAAGACCACUCUGUGCCCUGGCAGGUCUCGCUCAACAACGGCUGGCACUUCUGUGGCGGGACGCUGAUCAACAACCUGUGGGUGGUCAGCGCGGCCCACUGCUACAAAGAAGGGAGAGAGAUUGAGGCGAGGUUGGGCGAGCACCACAUCGGGUACAAGGAUGGCCCUGAGCAGUUCAUCGCCUCGGCCGAGGUUGUUAUCCACCCGGACUGGGACCGAUACAACAUGAACAACGACAUCAUGCUAAUCAAGCUAGCAGCGCCGGCGCAGAUCAACCAGUACGUGAGCCCCGCGGCCCUGCCCAAGACCUGUGCUCCUGCGGGCACGCAGUGCCUCGUCUCCGGGUGGGGAGCCACCCAGAGUCCCUUCGGCUGUCUGAAGUGCCUGCACUGCCUGGAUCUGCCCAUCCUGCCCCAGCAGGACUGUGAGAAGUCCUACCCCAACAGGAUCACCUCCGCCAUGUUCUGCGCCGGCUUCCUGGCGGGAGGGAAGGACUCCUGUCAGGGAGACUCUGGUGGCCCUCUGGUGUGUAACGGGGAGCUCCAGGGAGUGGUGUCCUGGGGGUGGGGCUGUGCUGAGGAGAGCCGCCCCGGUGUUUACGCCAAGGUCUGCCAGUUUACUGACUGGAUCGAGCAAACUAUGAACCUUCACUGAGACCCAGCAGUUACAACAGAGGGGACAAAUAUGUGCCUUCACUAUUUUAUUUUUCUAUUUGUGUAACUCAAAAACUCAAAAAAUAAAAGAGUAAAACAACCAC